AAGAAGAAGAGACACCAACGAAGAAGAUAACCGGCGCUGGAAGUGUGCUGCAUGUGUUACUGUUCGUUUCUUCAUUCAUUCGUUAAUGUCUAACUUUAAGUAACACAUUUAAAUAGAAUACAGACACCAUUGUGAUUUUAUGAUACGAUAGUUUAUAGUAUUGUCGGAGUAAACCAAAGACAAAAACGGUGGCGUUUAACACAGGGGUUAGCUAGCUAAGGGUACAGCUCACGCUAAAGUUAAUUUGAAAAAUCUUAGCUGCAAGAAGAUUUCUCGUGUGCUUUUGGGUUGAAAACUGCAAGCGGCAUCAGCAUGAUCAAGGAAAACCGGUGGAAUAUACCCCCCAAUGCUCCUGCAUGUAUGGAGAAACAUCUGUGUGCGGCUCAGUACAGAGCAGAUGGCACCCUGCUGCUCGGUUCCUCCAGCCUCACUGGCAGGAACUGGCAGGGAUCUGUAUGGAUCUACAGUGACUCUAAGCAGGCCCCCAAUGAAGGGUUCUGCAAAGCUGGUGUGCAGACAGAGACAGGUGUCACAGAUGUAAAAUGGGUGGCUGAAAAGGGAGUUAUUGUUGGAUCAGAUUCAGGUGCUUUGGAGCUUUGGGAACUGGCUGACGAUGAGCGCCUUCUGGUGAACCGCUUUACCAAACAUGACCAUGACCAUAUUGUCACCACAGUGAGCCCCAUAACUGGAGGAAACAGUGCCGUCACCGGAAGCAUGGACUGCCGAAUUAAAGUGUGGGAUCUCAGUCAGGAAACAGUUGUCACAACCUUCAGUGUCCACACACAGCCUGUUAAUUGCGUUGCUUGCAGUCCUACAGACGAGUCUCUCUUCAUUUCCUGUGGUCAAGAUGGCCGUGUGUUGAUGUGGGAUAGGAGGAAGCCAAAUAAACCUGCCUCAAGAAUAGAGGUUGAAUCUCCCAGCUGCUCUCCCACUACUGUAGCAUGGCACCCCCACCACAGAAGCACCAUUGCUUUUGGUGACGAGCUGGGCAGGGUGACUGUGAAGGAUUUUCUGGGUACUGAGCCAACCCGGGUAAUGGAUGUCCACAGCCGCAGAGUCAAUGGCCUUGCCUUCUCCACUAACAGUGUCUCCUUACUGGCCUCCAUUAGUGACGACUGUUCCCUCGCUGUUCUGAACUCUGAUAUGCAAGAAAUACUCAGAGAUCGGCGACAUCAGGAUUUUGUGAAAGGUGUGUGCUGGCUUCAUGGUGAUUCAGACAACCUCACAACCGUAGGCUGGGAUCAUCUUGUGCUUCACCACACAGUGGGUUCAGCUACAGGACCUCCAAACUCCUCGUCCUAGACUAAUUGCCACCUUUUGAAAAGAAUGUCCUAGAAUAACUACUUAUGUGGGCUGUCCAUGUGUAUCUAGAGAGUUAAAUUCACGUCAUUCAGGAGGAACAGAUUUACGUCUCACUGUCAUAAUAAAUAUAUAUGUGCACAAUAUUUGGACUUCAUCUUUCUCACUCUGUAUUAGUGCAUUUGUCCCAGUCACAUGUCAGCCAAACUUGAGCUACUACUGUCAAACUAUAAUAUUUCUGUGCAACUGCUUUUGAGGCAAUCUAUUUGUAUUGCAUAAUUUUACAUUAAAGGAAACCUAAAACAAUCAA